ACUGCCGGUUGGUGGCCGGUGCUCCGCAGUGGGGGAGAGACGGGUGAGGAGCCGGGUCCCAGCAGCCCAGACGGUCGCCGCUGCCGCUGUAGUCACAGGCCGGCGGGGAGCGGGAAGUACCAGGCGCAGCCAUGUCCGUGGUUGGCAUUGACCUCGGCUUCCUCAACUGCUACAUCGGCGUCGCGCGGAGCGGCGGUAUCGAGACCAUCGCCAAUGAGUACAGCGACCGCUGCACCCCAGCAUGUAUAUCUUUAGGAUCCAAGACCCGGGCUAUUGGGAAUGCAGCAAAGAGCCAGAUUGUCACAAAUGUAAAAAAUACAUUACAUGGUUUCAAAAAACUGCAUGGAAGAGCAUUUGAAGAUCCUUACAUACAAGCUGAAAGGGCCAAACUUCCCUAUGAACUUCAGAAGAUGCCGAACGGCUCCGUAGGAGUAAAGGUGAGAUACCUAGAUGAAGAGAGACUGUUUGCAGUUGAACAGAUUACAGGAAUGUUACUGGCCAAACUUAAAGAGACUUCAGAAAGUGCUUUGAAGAAACCAGUGGCAGACUGUGUGAUUUCAGUACCCAGUUUCUUCACUGAUGCUGAGAGAAGGUCUGUAAUGGCAGCUGCACAGAUUGCAGGAUUAAAUUGUCUGAAGCUGAUGAAUGAAACUACAGCAGUUGCACUAGCCUAUGGGAUAUACAAGCAAGAUCUGCCAGCCUUGGAAGAGAAGCCAAGAAAUGUGGUCUUUGUAGAUAUGGGGCAUUCUGCGUAUCAGGUUUCAAUCUGUGCUUUUAACAAGGGAAAACUGAAGGUCUUGGCUACUACCUUUGACCCUUUCGUAGGUGGUAGGAAUUUUGAUGAGGCUUUGGUAGACUACUUCUCUGAAGAAUUUAGGACAAAAUACAAACUGAAUGUAAAAGAGAAUCCCCGGGCGCUGCUACGAUUGUAUCAGGAAUGUGAAAAACUGAAGAAGCUUAUGAGUGCAAAUGCUUCUGACCUUCCACUCAAUAUUGAGUGCUUCAUGAAUGACCUUGAUGUCUCCAGUAAGAUGAACAGAGCUCAGUUUGAGCAACUGUGUGCUCCCCUUCUGUCCAGAGUGGAACCUCCUCUAAGAGCAGCCAUGGAUCAAGCUAAACUUCAGCGUGAAGAUAUCUACAGUAUAGAAAUAGUAGGUGGGGCUACUAGAAUUCCAGCAGUGAAGGAACAGAUCUCUAACUUUUUCUGUAAAGAGAUAAGCACCACGCUAAAUGCUGAUGAAGCUGUUGCAAGAGGCUGUGCCUUGCAGUGUGCAAUUCUUUCCCCAGCUUUUAAAGUGCGUGAAUUUUCCAUCACAGAUGUUGUUCCUUAUUCUGUAACGUUAAGAUGGAAAUCAUCUUACGAAGAAGGAACAGGGGAGUGUGAAGUCUUCAGUAAGAACCAUGCUGCUCCAUUCUCAAAAGUAAUUACUUUUCACAAGAAAGAGCCUUUUGACCUAGAAGCUUACUAUACCCAUCCGCAUGAAGUGCCUUAUCCUGAUUCCAGAAUAGGGCGUUUCACUAUUCAAAAUGUUGGUCCCCAACAUGAUGGCGACAAUUCCAAAGUGAAGGUUAAAGUGCGCGUCAAUAUUCAUGGCCUUUUCAGCGUGGCUAAUGCUUCUAUAAUAGAGAAGCAGAACAUAGAGGGAGAUCACAAUGACACACCUAUGGACACUGAAUCAUCAAGUAAGAACCAAGGCAAAGAUGAUGAGCUGCAAUUACCUUUCAUUAUUGAGGAUGAUACCCUCGACUCUGAGGAGGAGGUUUGUGGUGAUAAAAUGCAGGUUGAUCAAGAUGAAGGUAUUCAGAAAAAUCAAGCUGAACAACAGAACCAAGCAGAUGAGGAAACUGAAAAUGCAGGAACUGAAACAAAAGCUGCUUCUGGAGACAAGCAAGAUCAUCCAGCCCAGCCAAAGGCUAAAGCAAAAGUUAAGAGUAUUGACCUACCUAUACAGGCAAGCCUCUAUAGACAACUGGGACAAGAUCUUAUCAAUUGCUAUAUAGAAAAUGAGGGGAAGAUGAUGAUGCAAGACAAGCUUGAGAAAGAAAGAAAUGAUGCUAAGAAUGCUGUUGAAGAAUACGUGUACGACUUCAGAGACAAACUGUGUGGAGUCUUUGAGAAAUUCAUCACUGAAGAAGAUUCAAACAAGCUGACCUUGAUGUUGGAGGACACAGAAAAUUGGCUUUAUGAAGAUGGAGAGGACCAACCAAAACAAGUAUACAUGGAUAAGCUUCAGGAAUUAAGAAAAUUUGGACAGCCUAUUCAGGAAAGAUACAUGGAACAUGAAGAGAGACCAAAAGUUUUAAAUGAACUGGGAAAGAAGAUUCAGCUGCUUAUGAAAGCAGUAGAAGCAUACAAAAAUAAGGAUGAAAAAUACGAUCACCUAGAUCCUGCUGAGAUGGAAAAAGUCGAAAAAUACAUUAGUGAGGCUAUGAAUUGGUUGAACAGCAAAAUGAAUGCCCAGAACAAACUAAGUCUAACUCAGGAUCCAGUUGUCAAAGUGGCAGAAAUAUUGACAAAAUCUAAGGAAUUGGAUAGCUUCUGUAAUCCCAUUAUAUACAAGCCCAAACCGAAGAUAGAACCUCCCAAUGAUGGGCAGUCAAAAGCUAAUGGUGAACACAAUGGACCAGUGAACGGACAGAGCGGUACUGAAACAAAACCUGAAGCAGCGAAGGACAAUUCUCAGCAGACCAAACCACCCGGAGAAAUGGAAGUGGACUAAAGCUUGCAUUUCUUUUACUGAAUUAAAAUAGUGCAAGUAACCACAGGGUCCAUUUUUUUUUUUUGUCUGGUACACACCUCAGAUGUUCAGUUAUUCUUAGCCAAUCUUCUGUCAUUUGUUGCUGAGUAGUUUUGAAAGUGUUUCAUAUUAAGUACACCUCUGAUGUUCAUUUCCACUGAUGCUGCUUAUGUGGAGCUUUAGCCAAAUGUAGAUUGUAUAAGUCAGUUUAAGCUUUCCCAAUAUAUUUUAUAUCAAACAUACAGAAUUGAUAUAUAAAUGGCAACGAUCUACCUUAUUUAAAGCUUUUAUUGUGGAUAAACCUCAGCUCCUUUAUUCAGGAAAGGAUACUGUAUUGCACUACUGAUGCUCAAGUGUAGAUCUAAUUGCGUCUUUAUUUUGGAAAAAUAUUGGAAUUGAAGUGGCAAAACUUGUCACUUGAAGCACUGACCUUUUCUAGUUAUUGUAUUGUUAUAAUUUAAAUAUUAAAAUAGAGGUUAGUUGG